UUAACCGUCACAACUUUCCUUUCUAAGGGCCCUUUCUGGAAGCUGUAAUAUCACCAACCCGAGCACACGUCCUUCACCUGCCGUCACCUAUAGUCCAAUCUGAUCCGCCGCCGCGCGCCCUGAAGGCACCGCGCCUGCCCUCCAAUGACACCUCCACCCGGUCUAUCCGACCGUGCAGCGACGUUUACCUUUUUCUUAUUUGUUAUUUUUUGGAUCGCCGCAAUAAAAUCAAAACGAUGUAUCGGUCAUUUGAAAUGACCCGCACGUAUAUCUGCCAAGCGAAGACUAGAAGGAUGGAUUAGAGGAGGAGAAAGCGAACAUGAAAGCUCCUUCGCCAUGUCCAAGACAGCCGUGAGGAAGCUGCACUGGCGGUCCAAGGUGCUGGACACCUUCGUCCCCUUGCUCGACCCGUCGGGGGAGCCGGGCGUCGCCAUCGGCGGAGGAGCAGAUUUCGGAGAGUUUCCUUUUGUCACGUCGGCUCCGGGCGGCGGACUCACAGUGGGGGACAUCAUCCUAGAGAUUGGGGGAACACCGGUGUUGGGGAUGACAUUGGGAGACGUCCGCGGCGUCCUCAACUCCUGCCCUCAUCCGAUCCGCGCCAAAACCGUGUCACCAGGCUCCACAUUGUGCAAGGACCUCAGGUUGUUUCUGAGCAAGUGUUUCACGCCCGGUUCAGUGGACAGCCAACUUCAGCAGGUCAUCCGAGAGAACCUCUACCUCCGGGCGGUGCCCUGUACAACCAGACAGCGUAGAGAAGGCGAAAUCGCCGGCAUAGACUACAACUUUGUCACCAUUGAGGAGUUCUUCUCCCUGGAGGAGUUGGGAGCGCUUCUCGAGAGUGGAAAGUUCAAAGGUAAUUACUACGGCACGCCUCGGCCCGUUCACAUCAGUGCAGAGAGCCCCCCCAUCACCUAUCAGGAACACCGCAACCUUCUCAGAAACUUCCGCACACGCAGCAAAUCCCUCAGCAACCUGGAGAAGGCUGCCGAGGACGGCGCGAACAGCGAGGAAGACUCAGGUCUGUCAGGAGGCUCUGCAGGUGUCGGCAGCAGCAUCCCUACUAGCCAUCGGUCCCCCGGGCGGCCUCGGGCAUCCAGCCAGGGGGAUGGGCGCGUCGUAGAGAACGGGAUCGGCGGCGGUGCCGGCGUGAGAGGCGCGAUGCCUGAUCACUGGGAGCAGGCCUUCAGUGAUACGGGAGAGUCUCACUACAUAGAUCGCAACCACACGAGGACCUACUGGCGGAGUCGUCGAGGCUCGAGCAGAGAGGCUGCCUACAGAAACGAGUGGUUCACGGACCAGCCCGGGGAGCUCAGGGGUUUCCCCGUGCACACACAUCUGACAAAGGGCUCCAGAGGGUUUGGUUUCAAUAUUGUCGGGGGCAGCCGGCCGAGAGAGUUCCUCCAGGUGUACAGUGUGACUGCAAGUGGACCCUCGGCUCUCAAAACAGCGGACAUCCUGGUCUACAUCAAUGACGUCUGUGUGCUGGGAGUGUCCCACAAGGAGGUGGUGGAGAUGCUCAAGUCGGUCCCCGUGGGCCACAGUGUGGACGUAGAGGUCAGGAGAGGUUACCCCAUGCUCUACAACCCCGACGGUUGUCCCAAGCAGGACCCCAACCGACCCCCGACCACCACCCAGCCUCAGCCGCUUCACCAACUGCCUCGCCUGCCGACACCCACCCUCCACUUCGACUACGACGGGCUCCGCGGUGACGGCAGCUUCAUGGAGCCCGGGGUGACUCUAGACGCCAACGGGAACGCCGUGUCCUUCGCCACCAGACAGUCGCCCUUAUUCAGACGCUCCAGCGUGACCACCACUGCCUCGCCGUCGCCCGUGCGCCCUCCUCGCUCUAUGAGAAGUUUGGCCAGGCUGCAGUCGUUUGACCCGACGCUCGCCAGCCAGAGCGACAGUGAAGUUGUUUCUGCCAUCGGUUCACACAGGGCAUCAAUGAUCCGCAAUCACAACAACAACUCCCUCUCGACGCCCCCUCACCCUUACCGCUACGGCACAUUCAAGUCGUCCGAGAGCGACGUCUCCACCCUGUCGGGGUCGCGGCUUCCCCUGCCUCAGUCGCCGAGGAGGCCCCUGUCUUCUCCCGGCGGCCCCCUCAGCGCUCACUCCCGCCUCUUCAGACCGCACAGCUCCCACCUCAGACCUCCUCCCGCCCCCGACAGCCCCCGCCACUACCACUGCUUCAACAGUUUCCAUGCCAACACCAGCCCCACCGCCAGCGCGAGCAGCGUGUCCUCCCCCGGGGGGGUGAGCGCGUGCAGCGGCGUUGGCGGUCUGAGCGGAGGGGAGCUGGUGCCGGUGGCCUUGGCCCAGACUGAAGGAGACCAAGGACUCGGCUUCAGUGUGACGGCCGGCGGUCAAGGAGGCCGGGUGACCAUCGUGAACAGAGUGUGGGACAGGACGCAGUGCAGCUCCCUGCAGCCAGGGGACGCUAUCGUCAAGAUCAACGGAGCAGAUGUUCAGAGUCUUACUUUCGGGCAGGUACAGACAAUUCUCCAGGAACACACCAGACAGGGAGAAGUCAUCUUGUUGAUUUACAGAGGAGGCAUCUAUCAUUCAACCAUCUCCCCCGGGUCUAAUCGGAGGCUCCCUCCGCCUCUCCUCCAUCCUCCUCCUCCACCCGUCGGUUCCGACAUCUCCCCUGUGCUGCCGGAAGUGCUGCUCUUUCCCCGCACCUCCGUCAGCAACCCUUCCUCCCCGGCCCUGAAGCGCUCCUCGCUCAUCCAGAGCACCAGCUUCUUGGAGUCGAUUCCAGUGACGCUGACGAUGGAACCCAACGAUUGGAUCAACACCGGCCUGGAGGACGAAGCGGGCGGCGGCCCGGGGCCCGACCCGGCCGUAGAGAGGCACUGCGGGGGACAAACUCGGCCGCUGCGCGGGUUCGACGUGGAGCUGAGGAGGAAGCCAGGAGAAGGCUUCGGGUUCGUCAUUGCCUCUCAGGAUGCGGCGAAUGGAAAAGCCGCUUCGCUUCUGCCUCACCGGUUUGUGACGGUACGUCGAGGCAGCCCGGCGGCCAAGAGCGGUCAGAUCCGGCCCGGAGACCGGCUGGAGGCGGUGGAGGGGCGCCCGGUGGUGACCCUGCCUCACCGCGAACUGGCCCAGAUCCUCCGUCGAGCGGGAAACACUCUGCGCCUCACCAUCGUCCCCCGUCCCAGCACCUAUUCCUCGAGCCUUUCAGAACCCACUGAGCUGGACUCCGGUCACAGAAGCAGAAAGGGUCAAAGGUCCCGUCCGAAGAGGGACUCCAGGUAUUACAGUGUCGACCUGGACCGCGGCCCAUCGGGCUUCGGCUUCAGCCUCAGAGGGGGAAGUGAGUACAACAUGGGCCUCUACGUCCUGGGGCUGAUGGAGGGGGGGCCGGCCUCACGCAGCACCAAAAUGCAGGUCAGCGAUCAGCUGGUGGAGAUCAGCGGGGACAGUACGGCGGGGAUGACCCACAGCCAGGCGGUGGAGCAGAUCCGCAGAGGAGGCCAGCGCAUCCACCUGGUGCUGAAGAGAGGGAACGGCUACGUGCCCGACUAUGGCCGUGAGCACAGAAUCACCUCCCCCUCCCUCCCGCAUAACCCCGAGGAGCAGGGUUUGGCUGCAGUAGACUCCACCGGGCGGAAGGGGCACAGCUCCAAGACGAAGAAGAAGAAGACGAGGAGAAGCAGGUCUUCGAGCGGACUCGAGAAGGAGAAGUGGUUGGGGAGAGGCAGGCGAGGGGGGAUCUCAGAGGGUAUGGGACUUUCUGCUUCACAAAUCCCUUUCUCUCUGCUGGGGGAGUCCCAGGAAACCAGGGACAAGAGGCGGCGGAGGGGCAGAAAAAUCGUGUCUCAGAGUUUACCCAGAGAUGCCCUCAGAAAACAUGAGGACGGAGAUACAGACAGGGAGACCGUUAGGGGAAGGAAACACGAGAGGAGGGGAGGGACGAGCAAAAGCAGAGAGAGGAAGAGUAGAAGUGAGGAGAGGUCGAGGAAGACGGAGGGUGAGGAGCCUGAGGAGGAAGAGCAGAGGGAGCCUGCUGUUGAGGAAAGGGUGGCAGCAAAGGUGGAGGAGAGAGUCAGUCUGGGAGACGAUAGUGACGACGAUGUUUUCUUACCCAUUACAAUUACCAUUCAAAAGAUUCCCAGACCUAAACAAAACUGGGAGGUGGAGUGGGAGGGGGAGGGGGGCGUGGUAGCUGGGCACAGGGACCCGUGGGAAGAGGCGGAGCAGGGGAGGGAGCAGGAGAGGCCAUGGCGUGAUGACAGGGGGCACAGCAGAGAGACGGAACCGAACGAGGACGAGAGGGACGAUGAUGCACAGAGCUGGCCUUCGCUGAGCGCUGUCGCGGUGGAUCCGGCGUCACAGAGAACGCCCUUCUCCUUCCUCACCUCCACUCUGUCCCUCGAGCUGCUGGGGGAUGACGAGUCAGAGUCCGGCGGGAGCCAAUCCGACUGUAGCGCGUCGGCCGCCAGCAUCUCGGGCCUUUCGCUGGCCGCCACGGGAGCUGGCGCGCGCAGGGCCUCGGUGCUCCCGGGCCCGUGGCUCACGCCCAGCCGGCAGAGGGCGGGGCCAGCGGCGGAGGGGAACCGGAGACCCGAGGGGCGGAUGGGCCAGGGUGGAGGGGGAGGUGUCAUCUCUUGACUUUUAACAGGAAGUAGAGUCUGCAGCAGCGGAGUUGUUGCCAUUUUGAUAUCUACCGUAGUAUGAAGUCAUAUUCUUUGUGCCUUUUUACAGCUGACCUCUGGCUGAUGUUAAAUUUCUAUCACAUUUUUACCUGUAAAUGACACCAACAUGGUAAAGUCCGUUUUUUUUUGUCUAAGGAGCUCUUGCCCUCAUCACGUUUCACUCCUCUCUGUACAUUUGCAGCAUUUGUUAUAGAUGUUUCCAUGACGACAAAGUUUUUUGUGCACCCCGUUUAUACCAACUUCCUGUCUUUACUAGCCUCUCUGCGUCUGUCUUCCCACUGCAUUCGCGGUGAGUAAUCGUCUCUGAAACACCCCUCCUACUGUGCAAGGACUGCUUAGACAUUCACUUAUACCUCAAGAAGAUACUGAGCAAUAAUAAUGCAACUGUCGUAGACUGUCAGCCAUACAUUUCCCCUACAGCGCGCAAUCUGGCCUCAGAGGAAACAGUGUGACAUGUUUGUACAAGACCCUCUUUGUCUUAUGUGGACACCUGCGGCGAGUUCUCACGUUCCAUAUAACUGAAUAUUUGAUUGUGUUAAUGCGAAUCCCUUUUGACUGCGGGUGUUAAAUCUAUAUUCUGUAAAUAUUUGUAGAGAAAUAUACAACGGAACCUAUUGUAAAUACUAUAGAAGCUGGAGCCAAGCCCUGAUUUUUAUUCCUGUAAUGUACAUCACGAUAAGACUAUAUAUUAUAUAUAUAUAUAUACAUAUAAAUUAAUGUAUGCAGUAUAUCUUUAUCUAUAUAUUACAUACAAUAGAUGCCAAGUUAUAUUAUUGUGUGAUGAGAAAUUAAGUGAAGUGGUAUAUAGCUUUUGUGAUGGCGCAAAAUGUAAACAGACUAAGAACUAUAUAGUAAAAGCCCUAUUCAUACGUGAAUGUUUUGUAAUAUGCUGCUAGAGUGUGAAUUAGGAUACUCUAUGUUGUACCCUUCUUCAAAAGUUAACAAAAGAUGCCAAAAAUAUGCAUCCGGCGUGCGUAUUUCAAGUACUGUUAAAAUUGUGUAUGUGGGGUCUGAACAAUAACACCGUCUAGUUUCUAGAGAGUGCUGUGCCCGUCGUGCCACGUACAGUUGCCUUGGUAACAUAAAUCACUUUAUCUUAACCGAUGAUUUUUCUUACUGUGAAAGCUCUGACGUCUCGAACACGGGAGUAGGGCAGAACAUUUAUUAAAUCCAGUCAUGCCAAAAAUAAAGGGCCCUUACUGUAAAUCCACAAAAAACAACCCGUAAGAUCGUAAGCCUCUGCAGAAUAUGAGCUCAGCGUUGCAUUUUAUUUGGCAGAAAAGCACAUUUGUUUCCCUCUCUUUCAAAAAAAACCGUUAUGUUACAGAGGAAAAAAAAACAGGUUGAAUGGAUACUGUGAGAUGUUAUUUUUCUAUGAAAUUAUCUUUUUUGGAAUUCUCAGGUUUUCAGAUACUUUUGCUUUUGAAAAGCCAUUAGGAAGAAAAGCUACAGAAGGGACACCGUGUUCACAACAUAGAGGGUAGAUUUGUAGUAUUUCAAUAAUAAUAGCAAUGUUAUGUUGAUUCUUUACGGCAGCUUUAGGAGACACAGACUGUUACAGGUGUUUGUUAUUCGUUCAUAACUACCUUAAGGGUGAUGUUCAGAUUUUACCCAAAACGAACAGCUCGGUGUGCCCUGCCCGUUUGUUUGGGUUUUUUAGAGCAAUGCCAACACACUUUGUCCCUCCCAGCCAGUCACCAUCCACAGCAGCUCGUAGCCUAUACCGACUCAUUUUAUAGCGUUUGUUAAUGUUCUUUUUAUUUUUAGACUUUUCAUUUCCCAAAGGGCGAACUGUAAACACAUUCUCAUAAAACUGCAAAUAAACUGCUGAAUUCAUG